ACUGUCAGAACCUGUGUCUGCUGGCAAAGCUUUUCCUGGACCACAAAACCCUUUAUUAUGAUGUGGAACCCUUCCUUUUCUACGUCAUGACAGAGGCUGACAACACUGGCUGCCACCUGAUCGGGUAUUUCUCCAAGGAGAAGAAUUCCUUCCUGAACUACAACGUGUCCUGCAUCCUGACCAUGCCCCAGUACAUGAGACAAGGCUAUGGCAAAAUGCUCAUUGACUUCAGCUAUUUGCUGUCUAAAGUGGAAGAGAAAGUUGGCUCCCCGGAGCGUCCCCUGUCUGACCUGGGCCUGAUCAGCUACAGGAGCUACUGGAAGGAAGUUCUGCUGCGGUACCUGCACAACUUCCAGGGCAAGGAGAUCUCCAUCAAAGGUCAGGGGGGGUUUUGGGAACACCCCCGUGCCUCUCAGGCCUGCCUCACCCACCCAAGUGUUUGUGGAGCACUGAGUUUCAUGGGAUGUUCCUGUGGUUGGGAAUGGCUCCUUCCCAGCCCUGCCAGCAGCAGAGAUGGGCCAUGUGCAGCAUUUUGGUAGGAUUAAUUGGCUUCUUGAUG